CGUCUAUCGUGUCUUAUGUAAUAGCAUAAUUAAUCAAAGAAAAAACUUAUUUUUUAUUUCCUUGCAUGAGAUCGAAAACCAUACUAAAACGUAAAUGUACAUCUUAAAAUUUUAGACGAUAACUAAUAAACAUUUUCGUUGGACUUAACUUCUAUGUAGUAAUCUAUUAUUUGUGGUAUCAAACACACUGACUAUAGACCAAUAAACAUCGAGUGUAAAUAAGUUGUAUGUCUAAACAUGGUUAAAAUUCACAUUUUAUUUGACCAAAAGAAUUCACAAUAAAAACUCGCUUCCACGGAAUAAUAAUGACCAAAAAUAAAGAUUCAAUAUGUAGAUAACAGGAUGAUAUAUGUGAUCUUUUUUGUUUUGUUUCUACGGGCAUUAAUAGGACAAGUUAUGAACGAUCCGAUAAAAAUCCAAAGACACAUUUCACUUGUGGACGUUAUGAAACAAGGAAGACACCACCAAUAAUGAAUCUCCUUUAAACUUUUUGAUAAAGGAACUGAAGCUUUUGUCAAAGUGUAUCCAAUAAUGAAAAUUUUAAAUUUUAAAUCAUGAGUCUAUGCUUUUGGUUAGAAAGAGACAAGACAUUAAAGAAACAACAAAGGUUUUUUUGACCUACAAGCCACUUCUCCAUCUCUUAAUGAAGAAGUAAUUGCAUUUUAUAUAUUUAUUUAUUUUCUCAAUUUCCUCACAUGUUAUCUAGUGAAAUGUAUAUUUAGUGCUGAUUUUUUUUUUUGUUAUAUGAUAUAAGAGUUAACCAACGAGACAGACACAUCAUAUAAAAAGUUCAUAUUGGCCAUAAUAUACAAGUCUAGCCUAAUAUAUAACCGAAAAUAUGUGUAUUUCUGAUUCAUAAUGCACAUCCCACAACAAAUUACAUAAUAAGUUGUUUCGGUAUAGUGGUGUCACAGUGUGCAUGCUUUAUAGAUCAAGUUUAUGAAUAUCAACUAAUAAAUACUACGUGCUACAAGUAAUUUUCACAUAUCAAUUCACGGUAGCUGCUUUAAUGGACUAGUAAAUUAAAUACAAAAUGGACUAAGUCACUAACAUAGUGCGAGGUUUGCUUUUGUUUUGUUUCAAUCAAAAGUAAUACAAGUAUUGAUUUUAAUCUAAUAUUUAUUUGGUGGGAAAAAUUCUCAAAUAUUUCCUUCUUCCUUUUAGAGUCUAGUAGGAUAUAACUAAUGACAAAUUUCCACAGCUGAUUAAUCUAUUGUAUAUAAGAUUUUUGUAACGAGCAAUUACUAAGCAGCAUAGCAAUUGUAUGAAGAAGUUUGUAAUGAAAGGUGAUAUUCAAAGAAGUGAAUUUUGUAAUUAAGAUGCUCUUCAUCGUCUCCUAUAGUUAUUUAUUCAUAGUGAUCGUUUUAACUAACCAUGCAUGGGAAGAAAAUCAUAUGACGUUGUGCAGGAUUUCCUUCCUGCAAAGAGAAUUUAUACCACGUUACACAUUUUAUGAAUCCAAAAACAAUAGUUAAACCGCGCUUUGUUGUAGAAUGCAAUACAUUUAAAUUUACUGUUAGUUCUUGAGUUGUAUCAGCUUAUUUAUUAAAAAAAAAAUAGCUGAAAGAAAUUAAAGUAAAAACUUAUCAAGCGCACUGAGUGGACACAAUAUAAAUACUCACAUAGACCAAAGCUAAAUUCUCUCAAGAAACAAAGUAAAAGAAAGAAAGAAAAAGAACAAAGAGAAAAACAUAUUAUUCUCCUCAGAGUAGAUUCUCAACUUCUCUACAUGAAUCUAAACUGAGAAUUCAAUUGGUCUCUUCUUCUCAUAGAGAUCACACCUUCUUUGUUAGUUUUUAUUUUCCUUCUUGUUCGGUUCUUCUCUUCACCAAUGGAUUCUUUUACUACUCAGAAAACUAAACCAAGAAAGACAAAGAGGCUUGCCAAAAAGUCUCGUGUUCAGAUAAUCUUGGAUAUUGUUUCUCGGACGAUCGAGACAAUUGUUGUUCUGGUUACGGUUUCUAAGCUCUGCUACCAGCUCGUUGUCACGUUUCAUGAUUCUGGUGUCGCCGCGGUUAUUCUCGCAAACCGUAAUCUCGCGUUUGUUGUAGGAAACGCGAUAGUCAUCACUCUUAUCGCGAAUUCCGGCCUUCUCUUGAAUCAAAAAGCUGUUCCGAAGUACAAAAGCAACGAUCUUUACGUGGAGUUUGUUCAGGAGAGUUCAAGGAGAGAUGGUGUUCCACGGCAUGAGAUGAGAAACAGAGGAAAACAGAGCGAAGCAGAGAAGGAGGCUAAAGAGAGCAUAACCGAAACCAGACCAAAACAGAGUGAAGCAGAGGAAGAAACACAGAGCAAAGCUGAGAACAUACCAAAACAGGGCAUUUCCGAUCAGGGAGAGGGACAGGUUGUAAUUAAGAAGAAGACAAAGAAGAUCAUUUCUGAGAAGAGAGUGAAAAUGAGCAAACCUGAGAAGCUAACAGAGCAGAGCACUUCAGUGAAGAAGAUGGAGAAAGAAAGCAUAGUUGAGCCUCAAGAGGAGAGGCAGCAAAUACAGAGUUACCAACGAAGCAAGUCAGAGAAUUUGGAGGGUUUAAAGAAGAGUUACUGUGGGAGAUUAAAGAGAUCGGAGACGGAUGCCUCCUCUGAAAGAAUUGAUUCUGACGACGAACUCCGAUUCAAGAUCGAGUCUUUCAUUGCCAAGCAGAGGAGAAAUCAAAAUGAUGAUUAGUUUCGUGUCUAUUUAGAUUUUUUAAAAAUAUAUUUUAAAAUGCAACCAAAUAACGAUAGCUUCUGCAAAUACCCUUCACGUUAAAUUACCAUGCUACGUUGCGGAUUACCUUUGUGUUACCUUUGGAAAACAGAGUAUUUUUUUCAACUAUCGCCAUGUGGUAGGUGAACCAUUUUCAACAAGGUGUGCGUAGAGUAUAAACUUUUGGUUAUCUCACCUAA